GGUAGUUGAUUGAAAUUUGACUUCGACUUUCUCCCACCACCAUCCGCUUGAACUGAACGCGACCACGCCACUCUACGACGCGAUGGAUCCUCUAAUACCGAUUCGAUGAGGCGAUGAUACACGAUAUUCGCUCAACCAUUCGACAAUGCACUGAGCGUGCACGGCUCACGCAUAUAUCAAGGCUAUCGGAAAUGUUCAUAACACAUACCCGACCCCCACCGCCUCCUGUUGAUGAGCUGGAGCAAACCGAGCAGGACUACAUCGCUGCGGCAAGGCAGUCGAUGAGCGACAAGCAGUUUCAACGCGCUGCUUACAUUGUACGGGACUGCAGGAGUGAUAAAGCCCGGUAUUAUAACUUGUAUUGUCAAUAUCUGAGCCACGAAAGACUAGCUUUGGACGAGUGGUACAGGCUCAGUGGUACAAAGGAGCAGCCUACGUCGCCUGUGAACAACGAGAUACCUGUAUUACUUGAAGACGUCGCGCACUCGACGGAGCCUUGGCUGAUGUUCAUAUCAAAUCCUUGGAUAUGGGCCGCCUGGUGUCUUUUGGGAGACUGUAUCGAUUCCGAAAAAGAGUAUAAUGAUGUCUUGGCCCGGAUACCACUGCCAGCGAAUCACCCCGUGGUCUACAUUCCAGAAUUCUUUCCGGCUAGCUUAUGGGUGAUGUCCAUGAAAAGUCGUGGAUAUGCUUGCCUAUCCAGCGUCUUGAACUCGUCAGAGUACAGGGAUGCGCAAGCGCAGUUCGAACGUAUCCUUUCCCUAGAACCCGACCGGCUCGAAGACAUCGAUUUCUUCUCUGAUAUUCUCUAUGUGAUGGACAACAAGGAGAAGCUUUCGUUUUACGCUCAAAAGUUUCAAGAGAAAGACAAGAAUCGGCCGGAGGUGUGCUGUUUCAUUGGCAACGCGUAUUCAAUCCGUACAGAGCAUGAGAAUGCAGUGAAAUAUUUCCGGCGCGCUACCUACCUGGAUCGAACUUAUUAUCAUGCGUGGACGUCAAUGGGCCACGAGUAUCUCGUGAUGGGUAAUACUCAUGCUGCCAUUGAAGCAUAUCGGCGGACGUUAGAUAUUACCAAGAAGGAUUAUCGUGCUUGGGCGGGGAUGGGACAAGCCUAUAGGGUCCUGGGCAUGUAUAACUAUUCUCUGUAUUACUAUGAGAGAGCUUCAGCAGUUGAGGAUCCUGCUACUGAAGACACGGAGAGAAUCCAAGAAGCCAUCUCUGCCUACAGCCGCGCACUCAAAAUCGGCAUCAACCAGUCCCUCCCGGGCAUAAACUGGAAACUCGGCUCAAUCUUUCGUUCCAUGGACGUCUGGCCUGCGGCAGAACAACAUUUCCGGGCCGUGGUUCAGAUCGGUGAGGGAGCCGAAGGUACGAUUGCUCUUGGAUCCCUGUUGGCCUUGUCGGAACGUAAUAUCCGUUUUGCUUUUGGAAAUUUGUCUGAGGCGAAGGAAUACCUGGAGCGAGUGGCGUCGAGCAAUACGGAGUUGGCGGGUAGGGCUGCUGUGAUGUUGAAAGCUGUGAAGACGAAAAUGGCAGUCCAGAAAGUGAAAAUAUAGGUUGUAACCUUGUAACCUCCUUCUCUUGGUAUGUACUUUUUCUUGUAGCGACCACGGUCAUAACAUGGCGUCAGGGUCAAUACAACGUUCGACUUUUACCUGCUUGCAAAGUAUCGGAAGGGUUAACGUGAUACGAC